AUGGUCGGCAACGCACCCAAGCCCCUCACUCUUUGUAGAUCAUGCCGAGCCUGUGCAAACAGCAAGCGUCGUUGUGAUCGAGGAUUUCCCUGUUGCAGUCGGUGCCUGGUAUGGAAGCGGCCCAACGCAGUAGCUUCUUCGCCUACAGCCCAACUCCAUCGGCCUCUCCGGCUGGAGAUUACAAAAAGCUACCCCCAGCAGAUCGUCCGAUUUCUUGUGCAUGGCAUGCGCGACAAAACGCCGACACAGAUUAUAGCAGCUUACGACUUGUGUAAGCUGCAUACACAGAUUGGACAAGGAAAGGGCACUGGGAUGGCCACGCUAGGCCCCCGGCUUCGGCAGCAACUGAUCAAUCUCCUCCACCAAUUCAUGCACGCAAAAAGCUUUGAGGAGCUCCUCGCCUGCGCACAGGCAUUGAUUCUUCUUCAGUGUAUUGUCCUGCUACGCGACGAUCAGAACAUGUAUUCCGAUAGGGUCAGCUGCAGCCUGGCGGAUGUCGGCCAGCGUCUCUGGCAACAGGCCCCCUUCCAACUUCCACAUACGCUCAGUCCGCGACGCGCCUGGAUAUACGCAGAGAGUGUUCGGCGCACCAUCAUCGUGAGUUUUAUGUUACGAAGUGUAUACUCUUUGCAAAGAAGAAACUACUCGGUGCGUACGCCGUUUAUCGAUUCAUUGCCAUUUGACGUUCGCACAUCGCUGUGGGAUACUCCAGGAGAGGCGUGGGCAGACGGUCCUUCUAAAGCCGAAAUGGUGUCUCUGCACGAAUACUCCGGUAUGCUAGAGUCAGGGCAGAUCCAUGAUAUCACCCCAUUUGGAAGUCUGAUAUUAGCCGCUUGUAGGGGAGUAGCUAUUUCAGAGAUUCCAUUUUCUGCAGCGCUCCGUCCUCAGUAA